AUGAAGAAGUCGGAAUUUGGCCUCAGUCGUCUCUCCCAUGUCGAAAUUAUAACGGGCGAGUUCAUCGGCGGGUUUCUGAUUGUCUACGAGCAGCCCUGGUAUGAACACGAGAGCCGGGAUCCACAUUCCGAUGUGGCAUUCUCUACAACCGUGAGAAAACGUGGACUUGCCGAUGGAUUGUUCCGAAUCAAUUGGACUCGCUCUACGACUAACAUCCAACCCGGUACGGAGUGA